AUGGCCGUCUCCAGCGUCAAGUCAUGGUCGAUCGCGGCACUUACGAGUCUAUUGCCGCUGGUCUCUGCUCUCGGCCAGUCGCCCAUCGUCGCCUUUGAGAGCGCUGAGGGGAGCUUCCAGAUUGCCGGUGGUGACGUGGGAGGUGGUCAGAUCCGCGUGUCCGCCAAUGAAUACUGGGGCGUCAUCCGUGCUGCCGGCGACCUUGCGGCUGACUUUGGCCGCGUGACGGGAACGAACUACACGUUGAGCAAUGGCGAGAGCGGAGCCCAACCUGCGGCAUAUACCUUUGCUCCUGUCGACGUCACAAACAACACUCACUUUAGCACAACAGCUGAGGAGUCGCUUUCAGGUCCCGAAUACUCCGACCCUGAUGCAGGCAGCACUGUCAUCAUUGCCGGCACCAUCGGCCACUCGGAGAUUAUCGAUCAGCUCAUCGAGUCUGGCCUCAUUGACGUCGGUGAGGUCGAGGGCGAGUGGGAAGCCUUCGUCAGCCAGCUCGUUGAGAACCCUAUCGAGGGCGUCGCUCAGGCUCUGGUCAUCGCUGGCAGCGACCCUCGCGGCACUAUUUACGGCAUUUACGACGUCAGCGAGCAAAUCGGCGUCAGCCCAUGGUACUUCUGGGCCGAUGUCCCUACCCGCCAGCGGGAGAACAUCUAUGCUCUGUCCGAGCGCAAGGUCCAGAAGACGCCGUCCGUCAAGUAUCGCGGCUUCUUCCUCAACGACGAACAGCCUGGACUGUCCAGCUGGGUGAGCACGCAGUGGAAUGACACCUGGAACGAUGCGGCGCCGUACAACCGCCACUUUUACGCGCUUAUCGGCGAGGUUCUGCUCCGGCUGCGGGCAAACUACCUCUGGCCCACGGUCUGGGGCAGCAUGGUGUACAUUGACGAUCCCUACAACCAGCCCCUGCUCGAUGCUUUUGAGAUUGUCCUCGGAGGCUCCCACACGGAGCCCAUGAUGCGGGCGCAGAACGAGUUCCGCACCUUCUACGAGGGCCCGUGGCAGUACACCGAAAACAAUGAGACGAUUGACGAGUACUUCCGCUACGGCGUCGAGCGUGCCAAGCCCUAUGCGCGCAACAGCGUCUGGACCAUGGCGAUGCGCGGCACGGGCGACACGGCCAUCGAGGGCAACCUCGGCAUCGACGGCAUCGUGAGCAUGCUCGAGACGCUGGUCGACAACCAGCGGUCGAUCAUUGAAGAAGGGCUCGAGAUCGAGUCGGCGGCCGAAGUCGACUCGCUCUGGUGCCUGUACAAGGAGGUCCAAUCGUAUCAGGAGAGGGGACUCGUCGUGCCCGAGGACAUCACGCUGCUGUGGGCCGACGACAACUGGGGGAACGUCCGCAGGCUGCCGCUCGCCAACGAGACGGACCGAUCCGGCGGUGCUGGUGUGUACUACCACUUUGACUAUGUCGGGGACCCGCGCAACUACAAGUGGAUCAACACGAUCCAGCUCGAGAAGACGGCCUCGCAGAUGUACCUGUCGUACGCGCGGCACGCGCGCAAGAUCUGGAUCGUCAACGUCGGCGACCUCAAGCCCAAGGAGAUCCCCAUCAGCCACUUCUUCGACAUUGCCUACGACAUUGACCGCUGGGGCGCCGACGGCACGACCGACUGGGUCCGGGCCUGGGUCGAGCGCGACUUUGGCGGCACACACACGGACGCCAUCACGGACAUUUUGACACGCUACGGCAUGUACGCGGCGCGCCGCAAGUACGAGCUCGUCGAGCCGCAGAUCUACUCGGUCAUCAACUACCACGAGGCCGAGGCCGUGCUGGAGCAGUGGGCGGCCCUGCGCGAGGACACGCAGGCCGUCUACGACGAGCUCGACGAGGCGUACCAGCCCGCCUUUUUCCAGAUGCUGCUGCACCCCGUGCUCGGCGCCGAGAUUGUGUACAAGAUCCAGAUCAACGGCGCCAAGAACCAGCUCUACGCCGGACAGAAGCGCAACUCGGCCAACGAUGUCAUUCGCGAGUCGGUCGCUCUGAUGUACGACGAUUCAAACCUGAACGCAGCGCUGGAACGAAGCACAAGCGGAUCGUCGUCAUCGUCACCGUCGAACAGCACGGGUUCCAACUCGACGAGCGUCAGCAGGCGCCAGGACAGCAACGAGACGGCGCCAGCGUACCACACGCUCCGGAACUACGGGCGCACGCUGGCGGGUGUCGGGCUCUACCCGCUCGACUCGGAGAAGCUCGAGGUGGGCGAGGGCCCGGCGCUCGAGUACAGCGUGUACCUCUUCACGAACCACUCGGCGGCCAACGUGACGGUGUACAUGUCGCCGGGCGCCAACUACCUCGGCGACAACAACCCGCUGCAGUACGCGAUCGCGCUCUUCCCGGCGGGCGACGAGCAGCCGGAGCCGACGGUGGUGACGCCGAUCGGGCCCAACGUCGGGUCCAACAUGCCCGACGGCUGGGGCCAGGCCGUGGCCAACGCCGUCUGGGGCCUGCAGGGCAACUACACGACAUCGUCGUUCAACGUGACGCAGGAGGGCGCCUACACGCUGCGCAUCUGGGCGCUGCUGCCGAACAUUGUGGUGCAGAAGAUUGUCAUUGACCUCGGCGGCGUGCGCGAUUCGUACCUCGGGCCGCCGGAGAGCUUCCUCGUCGGCAGGGACGAGAGGGGGUCCUACAACGGCACGUCCUUUGCGACGACGCCGGGCAUUGUCGGCGGCGUGGACCACAACCGGACGUCGUUGCCCGGAGGAGGCGAGUCUGAGGAGGCUGAUGGGUCGAACGAGGCGUCGAACGGUGCUGGCGGCUUGGCGGUGGGAGGCUUCACGAGUGCGCUAAUGGUGGUUCUGGCGGCCGCAUUGACGAUGUGA